AUGGCAAACAAUACUGCUAUCCUCCUCAUCGAUCCCUACAACGACUUCUUGCACCCCGACGGUAAAAUCACCCCUGGGCUGCAAGAAAGCCUGGACAAAAGUGGAACGAUCGAGGCGUUAAAGAUCCUCGUGAGCACUGCACACAAGCACAAGCUUCCAAUUUUCUAUUGCCUCCAUCAGCAGACGGAUGCGUACUCUUACCGAGGCUGGCACAUGAUGAACUGGUCAAACAACACUGUCAAGGAUAAGAUGGUAUUUGAGAAAGGCUCCUGGGGAGCAGAGAUCUUCGAGGGUUUGAGGCCCGAUUACGACAAUGGAGAUGUCAUUGUCUCCAAGCAUUGGAACUCUAGCUCCUUUCACAACACGGACUUGGACUUUCAGCUUCGACAGAGAGGAAUAAGCAAUGUUGUCAUCGGCGGAAUGGUCAGCAACACCUGUGUCGAGGCCACCGCUCGAUAUGCAUACGAACUCGGAUAUGACAUCACCAUGCUAUCGGAUGCAACAGCCGGGUUCACAACGGCUCAGAAGGACGCCGGGGUAGAGUUGAUUUGGCCACUCUUCGCCGGAAAGGUGGUAAAGGCACAGGAGUGGGUCCAGAGCUUGCAGGACGCAGAGCUAUGA